GCUGCAGGAAGUUCAUGCUGUACCCUAUGGCUGAGACACGCAUCGAUGUGCUACUCGGAGUAUCCACUGUUUUAGUGUUAUUGCUCUCGUACACGGUUUCAACGAAACUUUUGGAAAGCCCUAAAUUUAGUCAACCUAUUCCUAAUAAUACCGUCGCCGUAGGGCGUGAAGCCAUCUUAGCCUGCGUUGUUGAGAAUCUCGGCUCUUAUAAGGUAGCGUGGCUAAGAGUAGACACUCAAACUAUUCUUACAAUUCAUAAUCACGUCGUUACAAAGAACCACAGGAUUGGAGUAACACACAGCGAACUCAAAACCUGGUAUCUUCACAUAAAAGAAGUGAGGGAGACUGACAGGGGCUGGUAUAUGUGUCAGAUUAACACCGACCCAAUGAAAAGUCAAAUUUGUUACUUGGAUGUCGUAGUCUCGCCUGAUAUUCUGGAUUUACCAACAAGCGCCGACAUUGUCGUGGACGAAGGGGCUGACGUAUCCUUGCGAUGCGUCGCAAAAGGGUCGCCAGAACCCUCAAUUCUGUGGAAACGAGAAGACGGGCAACUCAUACCGUCAAGAAUGGGGAGCGAGGUUGCUAUUGCUAGUGGUCCCACACUCAACAUAUCAAAAAUUAAAAGAGAACACAUGGGACCUUACCUUUGCAUCGCUUCGAAUGGUGUUCCUCCCUCCGUCAGCAAAAGAAUAACGGUGGUAGUACAGUUUCCUCCUUCGGUGUGGAUUGGCUACCAAUUGGUAGGGGCAUAUGACCAUCAACAGAUCACUCUUGAAUGCCAUUCCGAAGCAUAUCCGAAAUCCAUCAACUACUGGACUAGGGAUAAUGGAGAAAUCAUUCCCCACAGUGUUAAAUAUGUGCCCGAGAUUAUCGAGGAUGGGUAUAAAGUGCAUAUGAAAUUGACCAUAAAUCAUUUGGGACCAUUAGACUACGGAAUCUAUAAAUGCAUAUCAAAAAAUUCUUUGGGUGAUAUGGAAGGCACAAUAAAUAUUUAUAGAAUAUCUAACCCAGCACUGAAAAAUAGCUCGCUUCAUGUCAAAAGCAAAGGUUUCAAGAAAGUAGCAAAUGAUAUAACUUAUCAAAUAGGUUCCACAGAGAAAGACCGCGCUGACUUGCUAUAUCUGGAGGAUGAAUUUUACAGUUGUGCUUAUCAACUUGAUGUCUCGCAACUAUUUACAAUUCUAUGGUUACGAGUACUUCUGUACUGCAUCACAUUUAUUUAAUAUGAUGUGUUUCAAUAAGAAAAUUUUAAAAGACGAAAUGUAUGUAGCGUUGAGUUAUACAGACUAACGUUAAAAACUAACUUGCUGAAAGUUUUAUAUCAUUACGAACUUAGAUAAGGAUUAUUUUUGUACGCUUAUUUUAGCAUAGGUGGUAAUAAAAAUUUUAUAACAACA